AUGGCGCACGCGGGCAGCGGCCUGCGACCGCCUGGGUCUCAGGGCAUCCCAAGCCAUUCGAACCAUACCCUUUCACCCAAUGAUGUUUCAGGUUCUCAGUCCAACUCUGCCGUUUCUCCGUCCACUUCCCCCGCUCACGCACGCAAACCCCCUCCCCUUGAUAUUCCCGCUACUCAGACCAUCUUAUCCACGCCAGGUUCGCUCACUUCCGGCUCCGCGGGCAGCAGUAUGCCCAUGGGCGAGUCCGUAAGCUCCGCUGGCAUGAGUCUUGGCAAGGACAAGCUCAAGUCUUUCGAUAUUGAUGACAUGAUUCAGCGUCUCCUCGACGUCGGGUACACAGGCAAAGUGAGCAAGUCGCUCUGCCUCAAGAAUGUCGAAAUAGCCUCGAUAUGUCACGCCGCGCGGGAGGUCUUCCUCAGCCAGCCCACCCUCAUUGAGCUUUCUCCGCCCGUAAAGAUUGUAGGCGACGUUCACGGACAGUAUUCCGAUCUCAUACGCCUCUUUGAGAUGUGUGGAUUUCCGCCGGCCGCAAACUACCUCUUUCUCGGAGACUAUGUCGACAGAGGAAAGCAGAGUCUAGAGACCAUUCUGCUCUUGUUAUGUUAUAAGAUCAAAUAUCCGGAGAACUUCUUCCUCUUACGGGGGAAUCACGAGUGCGCCAAUGUGACGAGGGUAUAUGGUUUCUAUGACGAAUGCAAACGACGGUGUAAUAUCAAGACGUGGAAGUCCUUUAUCGACGUAUUCAACUGCCUUCCCAUCGCCGCUAUAGUGGCAUCCAAGAUAUUCUGCGUUCACGGAGGCCUGUCACCUUCCCUGCAAUCUAUGGAAGACAUCAAGGCCCUUCAACGACCGACAGACGUGCCCGACUAUGGCCUUCUGAACGAUCUGCUUUGGUCGGACCCGUCUGACACUGCGGUCGAUUGGGAGGACAACGAGCGGGGUGUCAGCUAUUGCUUCGGUAAAGCCAUCAUCAAUGAUUUCCUGGUUCGCUACGACAUGGACCUGAUAUGCCGAGCGCAUAUGGUGGUGGAGGAUGGAUACGAGUUUUGGAACGAUCGGACAUUGGUAACGGUCUUCAGCGCGCCGAAUUACUGCGGAGAAUUUGACAAUUAUGGAGCGUGUAUGAGUGUUUCUGAGGACCUCCUAUGUGCCUUUGAAUUGCUCAAGCCGCUGGAUGGGCCCGCUCUGAGGAAGGAGAUGACAAAGGCGAAGCGGAAAAGGCAAGUAUUCUGUGAACCUGGCCUGUCAACCCUGACUGACCAAGCCCCACAUCACAGCAUGAUGAAUGCUGCUUAA